UCUGUCUCCCUUGGGUCCCCGAAUAGCCUGCCUUGUCACAUAGGGGUGACCAGGGGGCUGGCGGCGGGCUCAAGUGGAAAGUAGCAGCGCCAGGCAUCGAACUCGCGCUCCGUGCUGGACGGGGCGUUGCAGAGCCGAGAUGACCCAGUCUUUGGUUUGCCCGGAGACCGUGAGCAGGGUCAGUUCCGUGCUCAAUCGCAACAGCCGGCAAUUUGGGAAGAAACACCUUUUUGACCAGAAUGAAGAGACGUGCUGGAACUCUGACCAGGGCUCCUCCCAGUGGGUGUCGCUCGAGUUUCCUCAGCGUGUUCACAUCGCACAGCUGCAGGUGCAGUUCCAGGGUGGUUUUUCCAGUCGCCACAGUCGCCUGGAAGGUUCACAGGGUGAGGAGGCCCUCAGGAAGAUUGCAGAUUUCUACCCUGACGACACCAAUGCCCUUCAGACCUUCUCAAUCCCUCCUGUGAAGGUGGACAGGCUUAAGUUGACUUUUGAGGACACCACCGACUUUUUUGGCCGUGUGGUCAUCUACCACCUGCGGGUGCUGGGUGAGAAGGCCGAGUGA